CCCUCCAUCCCUCACUACGUGUACGGUCACAGAACUAGCCUUGCACCAGUUGCCAACGCCGUACAGGUCUCUACCCUAAAUCCCGAGCAACUCCAUCCGUCCACCCCAUGACUCGACGUCCCAUCCAACCCCAGAAACCGAAUAUGCCAUCAAAAGUUGGUCGACCUUUAACCCCUCCCAUCCAUAUAUAACCCUAAUUUUUCAUUUCUUUACUCCUCAACAAAUUUCUCAUCGGCUCUAUCCAGCUCUGCUCAUCCUCACCUCCACAAAACCAAAACCUUUCACAUUUCACUACAGGUCGAAGUCUAGCAUGGUGGUGUUUUGCUUUCUUGUGGAUCAGACGAAGCAAGUGCGGGGGAGCAAGCCGGCGGCCGGAAUAUGCUCGCGGUGCGGCGGUGGAGCUAGCGUCGCUGAUAUGAAAACCGCCACCAGAUUUUGUUACGUGCCGUUGUACUGGAAGUCUUCGAAAGCCAUCAUAUGUACUUUCUGCGGAGCAGUACUUAAAUCUUACUCAUAAUCUUUCAUCCCUUCGCCUAUACAGCUGGCCUUCUUAAUUAUCUAUGAUCAAAUUCUAAGUAAUUAAUUAGUAUUAAUUCUCAGACUUCUGUUUUAUGGAGUUUGCAGAUUCUGUGUGUAUAAAUAUACGUACAACUAGCCUCUUUCCUUGAAGGAGUACAUGAUUAUGAGUUGUUCUACCAUAUCGAAUGAUUAUGGACCAUUUAAUUAA